CACAGUUAGGGACACGCGCUUUUCACUUUGUUUCCUGUUCCUGAAUCCACGGCUGCUGCUCUUUUUCAUCAUCUAAAUUGAUACUAAUGCUGGUAAUCAAAAACUUGCCCUUGGCGUUACUUUUUUUACAGGAUGUUUCUUUCUUUGACUUUGGCUACCAACGCCAUGUUUACCUCAGUUCAACUUUUUUUGGCAAACAGAUGCCAAGACCAGCUGUAAAAUGUCACACUGAUCAGGCCCUGGAAUGUGCUGCUUUAAUGCGACCAUGUUCAUGAUACAUGGUAUUAGUUAUGACUCUAUCUGAUGGUUUUUGUGUUAAUGUCCUUGAGUUCCUUACGUUGAAGAUAAUGAAGAUUUGCUCGAGUCUUCGUUACCCGCUUAUGACAGAUAUAUCGGUCCCCUUGAAGUACGGUAAGGCUGUAAUGCCUCAAGAUCGCUUGUCACAAAUAUCCACAUAGCUAAAACAUCUCGUUGAGUCCCAUCGGAAAUACCAGAAUGUCGCGUUAGUACAAGGUGCCCCGGUGAAAGGGAAUGCCAAACCUUCCAUCUCCGACCGCCACAAACGCUGCAAGCGCCGAAAACACACCGCGAACGUCAACAACCAGAAGGCUCCCCGCAGUUUGAAAACCUUGUAUUGUACCCAUCCCCGCCGGCCGGUCUUCUGGAAGCGGUGAGGAAUUUUUUUCCACAAUGUUCCUGAGGAUAUUUCUCCUUCUGGUCCCGUUUUCGGGGCGGGGACGGGCGCAGGAUGUCCCCGGGCAGGAGGUGUACUUCCCCGGCCGUCCGUGCCACGAGUUCCUGUGCGCUAACGAGGUGUGUGUGUCCAGGAGAGUCGUGUGUAACGGCGUCUCGGAGUGUGGAGACAACUCGGACGAGCUCAACUGUCACGGUACACCUGGCAACGGGAACACCCAGACCUCCUCUCGCUGUGCGGCGCACCAGUUCCUGUGCAGGGACAUGACGCAGUGCCUGUACCAGGGCUACAGGUGUGACGGGGAGGCCGACUGUAGGGACGGGUCAGACGAGGUCAACUGUCAGAUUGGUCCCACAGGUUGCCUUCAGAACCAGCUGCGGUGCGGGAGCGGCGCAUGCGUACCAGUGUCGUACCGCUGCGACAACAUAGCGGACUGUGAUGACGGUACCGACGAGUCCGGAUGCUAUCGCCCCGUCAACCCCCCUGAGCCGACCAGGGCCCCAGCCCCAGCUCCGACCCCAGGUACGACGGAAGGGCGCUGUAACGGUCACUCCAACACUGUCGACCAAAGGAACGGACACUGUUUGAACUGCCAGCACCACACGAUGGGACAGCGGUGCGAGACCUGUAUCCCAGGGUACACCGGUGACGCGACCCUGGGCACGCCGCACGCCUGCACGCCGGUCAUCCACGUCUGUCACUGCCACGGACACUCCGGACAAUGCGACACCUCCGGGAACUGUCUGAACUGCCAGCACAACACCGCCGGUUCCCGGUGCGAGCGGUGCGCGGAGGGAUAUUACGGUGAUCCGAGGUACGGUAACCCAGACGACUGCAGGCCCCUCAGUCAGGGUCAGGGGCCAACAGGACAAGGUCAAACAUCGCCGGGUCAGCAAGUUCAAGGUCAAACGGAUCAAAACCAACCUGACCAAGGUCAAACAGGACAAAAUCAGCCCGGUCAAACAAGUCAAGGUCAAGCAGGUCAAGGUCAGACAGGUGCAGGUCAACAGGAGGAGCUGCCGUACAUAGUUGGAGAGCAGUGCAGAUGCUACAACCACGCCACGAGAUGUGACCCGACAAGUUUCAAAUGCUUGGACUGCCAGCACAACACGGAGGGUUUCUACUGCCACCGGUGCCAGCCCGGGUUCCGGGGGAACGCUCUGUACGGCACCCCGCACGACUGCCAGAGGGUCCCGCUGUACUCGGAAGGAGCGUCCCCAGGCACCACCCCUGCUCCGGCCACCACCCCAGCCCCCACCGUCCGCCCGCACUGCUACUGUCACGGGCACAGCGACAAGUGCGACGAGUCGGGACGCUGUUUGGACUGCCUGCACCAGACGGAGGGGAAGCACUGCUCGCGGUGCCAGGCCGGGUACAUCGGAGACGCGCGGAAGGGCACGGCGGCGGACUGUCAGCUGGCGCAUCCCGACUGCUCCUGUCACGGCCACGCCGACUUCUGCGACGUCUUCGGCAGGUGUCUGAACUGUCGUGAUAACACAAUGGGAGACCAGUGCGAGCGGUGCGUCCUGGGUUACUAUGGUGACGCCACGAGAGGCACGCCCUCAGACUGUCGGCCAUGUCCCUGUCCGCUAACGGUCCCUUCAAAUCAAUUUUCUGACACGUGCACGCUGGACAUCGAUGGCCUGCCCACCUGCACACGGUGUCAUCCGGGGUAUCUGGGCCGGGACUGCGGGACGUGUGCAAACGGUUACUGGGGCAACCCGAGAGUGGAGGGGCAGAGAUGUGUUCGGCAGUGAUAUCCAGACACACACAUUGGGGAAUGACGGUACACUGCCACUUCGAAGACUCGAUCCCCCGACUUUGUGGACAAAAGGAUAAAAAAGAAAUAGCGACCUAUACUUAGAUUGCUGUGUUAUUGACAGCGAUGUUGAAUAUGUUAAAUGUUAUAUAUCAUGGUACUAUUCUAAUAUAAUCAUGUGCCUUUAUUCAACAGUGGCCUGUUUUUUGUAGUUGAUUUAUAUCAGUGCCAUAUAGUCGAGCUAAAAGUACGUCUUUGGAGAUUUUGGACUUCAUCAGCUUACCCUUGAUUGUUUUGUGUAGAUGUCUUUCCAGCAAGGCUAAUGUAUAUACGUUAUCAUUAUUGACGACAAACUUUUAUUCUGUCAUUGACUGUUAUAUUACUUGCUGGUGUGUUCUCCGUGAGUCGUAUGUAUUGUUGUUGGCACAUAGUAAUUAGAUCAUCGCCAUGUAAUGUGGCCUCCAGAUGCUUCGUGUCAGUCCUAAUUAGUGAGCAAGCAGUCUUGUUUACCUAAAACACGUGUCCAAGGACGCACCUAGCGCACACACGUAGCUUUGGGCAAACCUCUAAUCAUGUGAAGAAUGUUAAUCAAUUACCGACCAUUAAAGAGAAUCCAAUAUUAUCAUUAAGUUUCAAUCGUGUGCCUUCAACUGAUGGUUGUGAGAAAAACAGGCGAGCUCCACAUUUCGAUAUUUAAUUGACACUGCUCUAAUAAUGGAUAUUUACUUGUUGCCGCGAAAAACUCACUUAAAACGACGUUUUGCUAAUUCAUUUUACAUCAUAAGGAUGCCGAAUAUACAUGUUGCGACAUAUUUUAUUACGACUGUAACGCAUAGGUCUAUUAUGAACACCUGGGGGCGGUGCAAAACAAUGUAUGGGUGUUCCAUGUUAGCUCAUGACUUAAUCUUAUGUUAUAUUUAUUCAGUAUAUAAAGUUUGCACGGCGAAGUGAUAAACAGAGCAAACCUCUGAUAAGCACUUAUCAAACUGUAAUCUCUCGAUGAAAUAGUGACGAGGGCAAUGGAAUAAAAUUGGUGUACCAACUCUUUUCAAACAUA